UCCAGGGAGGUUCCUUUAAAUGAAAGCCCGCUGGCUGGGGCCUCCGUUUUACACCCGAGCAAUACCUUCUGUUGAGGUUUCCUCCGGGGAGGCAGCCGCCUGUCAGCAUGGCUCAAGCAUUUGUGAACAGCAAAAUCCAGCCUGGGAAGGUGGUAGUUUUCAUCAAGCCCACCUGCCCCUUCUGCAGAAAGACACAGGAGCUCCUCAGCCAAUUGCCCUUCAAAGAAGGGCUUCUGGAAUUUGUCGAUAUUACAGCCACCAGUGACACCAACGAGAUUCAAGAUUAUCUGCAACAGCUCACAGGAGCCAGAACGGUACCUCGGGUCUUUAUCGGUAAAGAGUGUAUAGGUGGAUGCACUGAUCUAGAAAGUAUGCACAAGAGAGGGGAGCUCUUGACCCGCCUGCAGCAAAUUGGAGCUCUGAAAUAAUUACAGAGCAGACCCAAGCUGAUAGCUCCCUUGAGAGCUGGAUGGCAGUGCAGAUAAUGACAGCGCUUCCUGGUGGAUGGAUGCCGGGCUACCUUCACUCAGCUGCAACUACUGUUUACUUAAAAUUCUGAAAUGUGUUAACCCAAAUAAUUGGGGGGAGUGGGUUUUGGGGGACAAAACCAGAUUUUUCUUCUGACUCUGUAUUAAAAGUGGAUCAACUUGCCCCAAACAGGUCUGAGAAGUUUGCUGGAUGUCUUGGGUUUCUUGUGGAUUGGCCCUUUGGGUCCAAAAGACCAUGAUAAGUUAUGUCUUAGGAUUCACUCAUUCCCCAAAGAUGUUCCUUACACACACAUUUGGCAAAUGUUUUUGUAUUAUGUGUUUUGUUUUUUGCUUUUUAGGGCCGUGCCUGAGACACAGAAGUUCCCAGGCUAGGCAUAGAAUUGGAGCUGCAGCUAGCUGCCAGUCUAUGCCACAACGACAGCAAGGCCUGAUCCUCAACCCACUGAGCAAGACCAGGGAUACGAGUCGGGUUUGUUUCCCCUGAGCCACAAUGGGAACUCUUGGCACAUGUUCUUAACUAAACUGUUCUCCAUGUGCUGGGACUCCUCUACCUCUAUGCCAGUGUUUCUCAGUCAAAAUCCAGGCCCCCUUGGGUGAAUCUCUAGUUGAGUUUCUGCUACUGCCCAAAAGUUAUUUUGUCAAGUUUGUUACCGACUUUUGUAUGAUAAAGUCAAUAGGUAGUUUGAAUGUGUCUUUUCACACUUCAUGUGUCUCCCUGGCCACCAUUCACACACCACACUACCCCCACUUUGAGAAUCACUGCUAUGACCCAGUGUCCUGAACCCGGACAACUCAGAGGUCUCAUAGAAAAUGUUCAGCAAUGGUGUGAAGGGUCUGAGCACCCAAUGUGAGAGAUGCCACACGAAAAGUGAAGCACUGCUGGUCUUUACUUGGUGCUACGGGGUCAGAGGUACAAGAGCAGGUACUGCGGUCAUGUGGUAACCUGCUAUAUAAGAUAGUUGUCGGGCCAUUAAGUGUAUUAAUUGGUUUAGAUUUAAAAGUUACCGUGGAAAACUUGUAACCCCCUCCCCCAAGCAUAUGUUUGUGAAAGUAGCCAAAUCUGGAGAGCACUGUUUAAGUUUUAAAUUUUCUCUCCUCCCCCGCCCACUCCGGGAAACUCCAAGAAUCCCUUAUGCAGUUUGUUCUAGAACUGCAGGAUCAAGUUAGUUCCCUUCUGCAGUCUCUAGUCUGAAAAUGGUUAAUUUCUUUCCUAAUAAAGAAGUACCCACAGGUC